CGCUGCAGCAAGCUGGCUGGGAAGUUCCCAGUUCUAGAGAGAGGCUGUUUACCAGAAAAGCAUAACAAGGGCAGGUCUGACUGCUGCACGGGCUGGGGCUGAGGAGCAAAGCCGCUGCCAAGGAGACCCUAGUUGGACGGCCGGGCACUGGUUGUUUGUUCAAUCACCUGCAAGACGGAGGAGGCAAGGAUGCUGUUGUCCUGGGUACACAUAUUCCUUUUCAGCAACAUGCUUCUUGCAGAAACCUAUGGCUCUGGAGGUUGCUUCUGGGACAACGGCCACCUGUACCGGCAGGACCAGCCCUCGCCUGCGCCGGGGCUCCGCUGUCUCAACUGGCUGGAGGCGCAGGGCGGCCUGGACUCGGCGGAAGGGGAGUCCAACAUCAGUAACCACAACUACUGCCGGAACCCCGACCACGACCCACGCGGGCCCUGGUGCUACGUCCGAAGCGAGGCAGGCACCCCCGAAAAGAGAUCUUGCGAGCAUGUGCGCUGCGCAGAGACCACUUCCCAAGCACCACCAGCUUCCACAACAGAGCCGGAGGAGACGUCCAAGGUGACAGAUGAUGGUGAUGAUGAUGAUGAUGAUGAUGACGCAGUACAACUGUUCCCUCCUGCCAACGCCCUCCCUGCCCGGAGCGAGGCAGCAGCUGUGCAGCCGGUGAUUGGGAUCAGUCAGCAUGUGAGGAUGAACUCCAAGGAGAAGAAGGACCUUGGGAUUCUGGGCUACGUGGUGGGCGUGACCAUGAUGGUGAUCAUUAUUGCCAUUGGAGUUGGCAUCAUCUUGGGCUACACCUAUAAGAGGGCAAAGGACUUCAGGGAGCAGCGCGAGCAGAAGGCGUGUGAGAGGGAGAUGCAGCGGAUCACCUUGCCCUUGUCUGCCUUCACCAACCCCACCUGUGAGAUUGUGGAUGAGAAGACUGUCACUGUGCACAGCAACCAGACUCCCGUGGACCUGCAGGAGGGCAGCACCCUCCUCGUGGGCCAAGCUGGCACCCCUGGGGCCUGAGCCUGUUCGGUGGGCAGGAGCCCAUGCAGACACUGCGCAGGACAGCCCACCCUCCUACAGCUGGGAGGGGCUACAUUUUGUGUUGUGGUUAACCCUACACCCUGAUUUUGUUUUCCAUGACAGAAGCAGGUAGUGCUGCCAGUGAGGGCCAGGAGGUGGGGGUAGAAUGUUCUUUUUCAUUCCUUGGAGAAGGAUUUUUGCCUGUAGAUGGAGACUGGCACAGCUCCCACAGUGGUGAUGCUGCGGCUAGUAAGGGCUUCCAGACAUUGCCUGCACCCCUGGAACCGGACCAGGGACAAUGGGGAGCUUCCUGGGCUCCUUCCUCUAUGUUACCCUCCAAGACGGCUUCAGUUCCCACCUUUCCACUGGGUCAUAUAAUUAAGGUCAAGCAGGUCAAGAGGCAGUACUGAAAACAAAAAGUAUCUGGGAUGGAAGUCCCUAUGGACUCCUGAGACCCGGAAACGAGUUUGUACAAAAAGCCAGAACUUGGGGCUGAGGAUGGGAUCUAGACCAGGGGCUGCUGGGUGCGCUCCAGCUUGCUGGCAGUGAUGUGCCUUGAAAACCUUGGGCCGGGCCAGGCCUGGGCCCAGGACUCUUCAUUUCGUAAGGAAAGGAAGAGAAGAAUUGCACUAAACAUUCCAUUUAGGAAGUCAAGGAAGAAUCCGCUUCUGCCUUAGGUCACAGGACAGAUGCAGACCUGGGUGUCCUAGACUUGUCUCUAUCUUCUGGGGUGGAUGCACCAGUAACAGAGCAGCAGGCUAGCCCACAGGAAUUACAUACUGCGGGGUGUGGUGAGCUGCUUCUGAGAAGUAAACCUGGGAACUGGGUGUACAGGCAGGGCAGUAGAGGCUUCCCCCUGCAGGGUAUGGUGGUGUGCAGGUAGCCCUGUGGCCACUGGGUUCUGGCACCUUCUGUGGAGCUAGCUAGAGUCACAACCUGUAACUUGUGAAGCAGUCAUGAAACUAUUAUUGGAAAACUCCUUAAGAUUCAAGUCUUUCAGGGAUGAGCCCAGAGGGAAAAUGACUUGCCCAAGGUCAGAGAGCAAACUUCUGAAUGGCCAGGAGAAAUGUUCCUGAGGGCAGGGGACAGCGUUUCUGUUUCUCUGCCAUGCUGUGCUCUCGGGUCUGGGCGUCUCCACACCUCCAUGUCUCUUGGAGGCCAUGGCAGUGCUCCCAGCCAGAGCUCUUCAUGGAGAGGGGAGGAGUGGGGCCCAGUCCCCACAGAAGGUGGCUCCCUGGAACUAUUUGUUACGGGCACCCAGACCUCAGGGGCCCCGUGGUGUUAGUGACUAGUGAUGCCGGAGAAGAGAACAUUACUGGUUUCUACUUUUCUACAAAAGCAUUUCUCUGUAGACACAUUUUAUAUACCUCAUUCUGACACCUGUGUAUAAAGUCAGGGAAAAUGCCACAUUUGACUUAUAAACAAAACAAUUUCAUGUUGCCAA